AUGCGUAUAACCACGGCGUCGCUGCUGAACACAACCAAACUAAGAAGACUUUUUUUCGGACGUGUUAUCAAUGAGCAAAGUGAUCGUAGGAGAGCGUCGCAGAUACCGGAACACUCUCUCGUCGCUAUGCUGCGACGAUUCCCUCUAACCAAGCAUAUCUACAUUGGAGAUGUUAAUCGGUUAAAACCCCACGUACGCUCCCCGCGGUCCUCGCAAGCCGCGCGAUUGGGCGCCAAAGGCGUCACGGAACUGCUGAUGGCGAAGGAAAUCCCGCUGGUUCAACUUGUCGCUACAUAUAGAGCUCAUCCUGUUCUUAACGCAUUACCAAACAGACUCGUAUACGACAGAGACCUCGUUAGCGGCACCCCAGCACGACGGCGGCAGAUGCUCACGAGGUACUUUAGGUUACUGAACCCUGAAUUACCUUUAGUGGUCAUAGACGUCCCGAGCAGGUCCAGGUUAUCACCAUCGCGGUCUCAUUUCAACGAACAGGAAGCGCAGUGUUGCAAGGAGCUGAUUUGCGGGUUGCUCUCUAAGGAUAUACCAGCCACGUUGAUCGGAGCGAUCAACUUCUAUAAGGACCGACAACGUCUUAUGGAAGAUACAGCAGCAAAACUAGGCGUACACUUUUUCACGGUAGAUUUCGUACAAGAAAGAGAAAUGGAUAUCGUAGUAAUAUUGACGACUCGUACGACGGUUGACCGUUUUCAGGAGAAUUCAUGA